UGUUCUGAGCUAGACCUAGCCCCUGUGUUUCCUCUGCUUUCUCUUCCAGAGAAGGCUGUUAAGCUGCUGGAAAGAAACAUUCCCUUCUUUCUGAGGAUGAGUCGGGGAGAGGGGCCGAAGGUGAGGAGGAGGCUCUGCAGCAAACCCCAGGAGGAAAGUCCAGUGCAGCCAAGAGGUCGGCCUGUUUUGAGGGUGCCUGGACACAAGCCUACAGACUGGGAGAAGAAAUGUUUGCUGUGGGCAGGCCAUUUCAAGAAGCCGGAGGAUAUACCAGAGGUCGUCUCGAUUGACGUAAUCCGAGCAGCACAAACCACUCUGCGGGUGAAGUUCAGCUACGUAAUGAUUGCCUUGACAAUAAUGGGAUGCAUAGUGAUGGUGAUCAGAGGAAAGCAGGCUGUAAAAAGGCACGAAUCUCUUGCAAGCAUCAACAUGGAGAAGAAAGCUCAAUGGAAGGAAGAAGCUACUCAGAGUGCAUCUGCUAAACCUUAGAGGAGAAAAGGAAGAAACCGAGAAUGGGGGAAGAAAAGCUGAUGUCCUUUUCAGCUCCUUUUCAGAGAGUUGCUCCUCUUUUUUGUGUUCAGCACUCGUGUUCAAGAAUGAAUGCAUUAUGCUGUAAUCAUUAAAAACAAACAUGUUUUCUUCCUGAUA